AAAGAAUAUUGUCGCAAAAAGGUUUUCCCUACUAAACAAAAGCGUGGAGUUACUACGUGUUAAGCGUCCCAUUCAGAAAUCUCGAAAAACGCGAUCGUCUCCAUUCUCUUCCCCUGAAUUAAGAUUCUCCAGAUUUUUCUUCUCUCUUUCGCGCGAAUAAAUGGACAACAACAAUGGAUCUCAAGAUAUGAAUGUGCCAGUAGAAGGGGUUGCUGGUGGAGGGACGUCUUAUGGAUUUAACGACGGUGGUAUUAACUCAGAACCUCUUAAACAAUCUACGGAUCCCACAGAGGUUCCAGCUGCUGAUUUGGUGAACGUCUGGUGUAUGCCGAACACAGCUAAUGUCGGUUCACAAGAAACACCUCGACCUCUGGAGACUAUAAAUCUUUUGGCAGCUAGAAACGAGAGAGAAAGUUUUCAGAUUGCCAUGCGUCCCAAAGUUUCUUGGGCUGCUUCCAGUCCGUCAGGGAGUGUUCAGAUUCAGUGCAGUGACUUAUGUUCUUCGGCUGGAGAUAGAUUGGUUGUUGGCCAGUCUCUAAAGUUGCGGCGAGUGGUGCCUGUCUUAGGUAUUCCUGACGCUCUGGUGCCCCUUGAUAUACCUGUUACUCAACUUAACUUACUUCCAGGAGAAACAAGUGUUAUAUGGGUCUCAAUAGACGUGCCUAAUGGGCAGCCUCCUGGUCAAUAUGAAGGAGAGAUCAUUGUUUCUGCAAUGAAAACUGAUGGAGGUAGUUCUGCUAACUUGGAGAAGCAUGAGAAGGAUCAGCUAUGUAUGGAACUUAAGAACUGUCUAGAUAUUAUGGAACCAAUAGAGGGAAAGCCCAUGGAUGAAGUGGUAGAAAGAAUAACAUGUGCAAGUUCAUCAUUAAGAAGAAUUCUCUUCUCUCCAUCAUUUGCUGAGUUCAUUUCUACGAAUGGAUCCACUGAUAUGAUGGAAGAAGAUGUUGUGUCAAAUCUUGCAGUUCGUAUAAAGCUAAGAUUGACAGUUUGGGAAUUUAUUAUUCCAGUGACUCCAUCACUCCCUGCCGUUAUUGGCGUCUCUGAUACUGUGAUUGAGGAUCGUUUUGGUGUUGAACAUGGAAGUGAAAAGUGGUUCGAAAAAUUGAAUCUCCAUUUCAAGUGGCUUCUUCAGUAUCGGAUCAGUCCAUACUUCUGCAGAUGGGGUGAAAGCAUGCGUGUUUUGACAUACACCUCACCAUGGCCUGCUGAUCAUCCGAAGUCUGAUGAAUAUUUCUCUGAUCCAAGGCUUGCAGCUUAUGCAGUACCAUAUAGACAAGUAAUAUCAGGGGAUGAUUCAAGGGAAAGUUACCUGCGGAAAGAAGUUGAGAUAUUGAGGAGUAAACCCCACUGGAAUAAAGCUUACUUUUACUUGUGGGAUGAGAUGGCCAGUGAAAUUUACGCCUAUGCCCCAGAUGCUCGUGUUUUGACUACAUACUACUGUGGACCGGGUGAUGCACCUCUUGCUCCAACGCCUUUCGAAUCUUUUGUCAAAGUUCCAAAUCUCCUUCGACCCCAUACUCAGAUAUACUGCACAAGUGAGUGGGUGCUUGGAAACCGAGAAGAUUUGGUGAAGGAUAUUGUUGAGGAAUUGCAGUUAGAUAAUCGUGAGGAAUGGUGGACAUACAUAUGCCUUGGACCAUCAGAUCCACAUCCAAAUUGGCACUUAGGGAUGCGUGGGACACAGCAACGCGCCGUGAUGUGGCGCGUGUGGAAAGAAGGUGGGACUGGGUUCUUGUACUGGGGUGCAAACUGCUAUGAGAAGGCCACAGUUCCAAGCGCUGAGGUAAGGUUUAGGCGUGGCCUUCCUCCUGGUGAUGGAGUUCUUUAUUACCCUGGUGAAGUUUUCUCGUCUUCCUCUGAGCCUGAUUAUGAGUACUUGAAGCUGUACGAGUCAAAAUACGGAAGAGAAGAAGCAAUGGGACUAUUGGAGAAGACAGGGGUGUACAUGGGGCCUGAGCGUUACACUUUGGAACAUAGACCAAUCGAUGUAUUGCGAGGAGAAGUGUACAACACAUGUAGACCGUCUUAAGUUAUGAUCGUUUUGUAUAUAUCUAUCUAUCUACACACUCCCGAUUAGCCCUAAAUAAUAUAUAUAUAGAACAUAAGAAGAAAAUUUAUACAAUCUAGACUCUAGAGUGUAGUUUUGCUUUUCAAUGUAAAAAGGUUGAUAGAGAUAAUUUUAGUUUUUUACGUUGUGUCUCUUUAGUUGUUGGGUAAUAUCUAAAUACAGCUUUUAUGGCAUGCUUUGUUCCAAAACCGUGGAAAUGAAGCAUUUCACCGUGGGAUGUGUCAUGUGUCAUCAUGUGUCAUGUGUCAUGUGUGUAUCUAUCUUUUAAAAGACUUUAUUUUCUAAAGAUUUCAAAA